AUGCGGGUCUCGCCUUCGCUCGUGGCGUCGAUGCUCCUCCUCGCGGCCUCGGCGCACGCUCGCGCGCCCGGCCCUUCGGCCAAGCCGCGUCUCGGCGCCGAACCGUCGUGCCGCUCUGAGCGCGAUUGCGAGCCGGAGGAGCUGGUUGUGCGGCCGGCGCCGGCGGCCGUCUCCACUGAGCUGCUGGCUGCCUCCAAGCGCGGGUCCUUCUGGUGGGCGGUGCUGGCGAACUGGCUCUCCUUCUUCGCGCUCGGGCUGAGCAUCCCGGUGCUCGGGCGCGUCAUUGCGACGCUGGUCAACGAGGACGGCUCGCCCGACGUCUCUCCCGCCUCCGCCGUGCUGAGCGGCGACUCGCUCGACAAGCUAAUCACCUUCCUCUUCGUCGGCUUCCACGGCGCCCUCUCCGACGUGGCCUACGUCGCCGACGUCUCCCCACCCGAGCGGCGCGCCAUCAACCUCGGCAUCUUCCAGGGCGUCUCUGCGCCUUCAUCCUCGGCUUCCCGCUCUCUGCGAUCCUCGACGCAAAGCGUUCUCAACUUCGUCGUCAUCGCGCUGCUGGCCCGCACCAAGACGCGACUCGAUCUACGCGCAGCCAACCCGAUCGGCGCGCGCGCGCUGCGGCGCCUCUUUUGCAGCACGCCGCUGCUGCGCCGCUCGGCGGCCGCGUUUGCGCUGCUCUGGCUGGGCAAUAUGUGCAUCAACUCGCAGUUCGGAAACUACGCCAACCACCUCUUCAAGUGGGGGCCGCAGGACUCCGCGCCGAUCCUCGUCCUCAUCGGGCUCAUGAUUGGCGUCGCGCCCGCCGCUCUCAUCCCGCGGCUCGGCCUCCGCACGUCGAUGCAGACGGGCGGCGCCGUCUACGCGGUUGGGCUGCUUGCCAUCGCCUUCGCCCGCACGCCCGCCGCCCUCCGCGGAGCGCUGCUCGGCGCGCUCGAGACGCUGCAAGACUUGUGCGACACCCUCGCCUUUAGCGGGUACGGCCGCCUCUUCGCCGCCUCCAUCGAGCCGCCCGCAAAGCUGCCCGGCGCCGUCUUCCUCGUCGCCGCCGCCCUCCUCUCCGCUUUCCUCGCCACGGUGCAAAGCGCGUUCCGCGCCUUCCCGGCAGCGUCGGCCGCCUUCCUCGCCUCCUGA